AUGUCUCAGGAUACCAAAACCCCGGUCGCCGCCUCGGCACUCGAGGUAGCCUCUCCGGAUUUGCAAUCUCAAUAUAAUCACCGAUCUAUUCGCGCAGUCGACGGGCUCAGGCUCAGUCUUACGCUUCUCAGUCUUCUCUGCGGUGUCACUGUCUUGGGGACAUCCGGACACGCACUAAACGUGUAUAACACCACUUCGGUGUCGACAGGUUUUCUCCUACCACUAUGGCCCGAUGAGUUUGAUGCCCGGCCAACCGUCGCACUGGUGGUGGGCAGCGCCAUUGUCGUAUUGGCCAGCAUUCUCUCGCUUGUCUUUAGCAAGAUACCUUCUCUUCGCCGCAAAGUGUCGGCUCACACACUAGUAUGCUUCAUUACGCCUUUUAUCGGCUUCGCAGCCUCAAUGAUCGCCAUGAUUUUCUUUUACGCCGUCAACACAUCCACGACAGUCGACACGCUGCAGAGCUGGAGCUGCCAGUGGGAGUCGGUUGAGAUGAGGGUGCAGCCAUACUUCGGUACACUCUGUCGCGAGAGCAAAACCGCUCUGUAUCUAUCGGUCGUCCUGGUACCCGUUGAAGCUAUCGUCUUGUCCUUGGCUGGAUACCAAUGUACCCUCGAGAAGAGAGCCGCAUCACUUGUCCAGCCUGGUAAGCGCGAUAGCCCAACCCCAUCUGUGUAG